UGCCCUUCAUCAGACCUGUUCACACUGUCCGCUGUUGUGAUGUAGUACAUGAGAGAAAGCAGGUACGAGCGCAGAGGUAACAGUUAUUGCAAUGAAGAAUCCUUUGUUGGUCCUAACCACUCCCCUUCCAGCUAUCAUGUCAUUGGCAGGUAAACUCACCCAACCUGAUAAACAGGUACUUUUGCUCCACUUGGUGGUAUUUCAAUUUUAGAAACAGUUCAGUACAUAAAAUUCCAACCAGUCUCUGCUGGAUUCGUGUUGGUAGCAGGUGGCUGAGACGUGUUCUGCAGUGUUUCUCAGAGAUCUUAUUGUGUUCCUUGGGUACACCUGAGACCUGUCUUACAGCAUCCUCUGCGACACGGCCACUAUUGAGACGCCAUGGAUAAAGGUGCUGUGCAAAUUGCCGGACUGGUGCUAGGAUGCAUUGGUAUCAUUGGCACUUGUGCAGUGACAGGCAUGCCACAAUGGAGAGUGACGGCAUUUAUCGAGAACAACAUCGUGGUGUUUGAGGCCCUCUGGGAAGGACUAUGGAUGAACUGUUAUCGACAAGCCAACAUACGGAUGCAGUGUAAAAUGUACGACUCUCUGCUGGCGCUCUCCCCGGACUUGCAAGCGGGUAGAGCAUUGAUGUGCAUUGCGGUGCUUUUGUCAUUCAUGUCCUUCAUGAUCGCCAUCAUCGGCAUGAAAUGCACCAACUGUGCCGGAGACAAUGAGAAGACCAAAAGGAUCAUACUCCUAGUAGCAGGAAUUACUUUCAUCAUCUCCGGUGUCCUUGUAUUGAUUCCAGUUUCCUGGACAGCCAAUCAGAUCAUCAGAGACUUCUACAACCCCAUGGUCAACCCAUCCCAGAAGAGAGAGCUUGGGGAUGCUCUCUAUAUCGGUUGGGCAACAGCGAUAUGUCUGGUGGCUGGCGGAUGCAUUUUAUCUUGCAUGUGUUGCUCUGGUGAAAAAAAGUUCAAAUAUUCUUUACCUCGAAAACUGGCAGCGUCAAAUGUCACUCGCCAGACAGCGGUGCCGAGGAAGACUUCAAGUCUGUACUCAAAAAGCCAAUACGUUUAGUCAUGUAUAUUGCGUGGCCAAAAUAGUAUGGGUGUAUGGAGAUACCAUUUGCACAGUUGUGAAAGUAAGGGUCCAACCAUUGAGCCAUUGGAAAUAUAGACUGGCAUCAUGCCAUCUCUUGGUAGAAGGGGCCAGUUUUGGAUUAUGGUGUGAAUGUAAGGAUUUACAGUAUCUCUUUCACAGGAAACAUGGAAGGUAAAGACUUCUGACAUUCCAUGUGGGUGACCUUCUACAAUAAGCAUGCCUUGAGGUGGAAAUCUUCUAUGGUAACUUGUAAGGAGAGAUGACAUGCAGGCAGGAGAAAGUAGACUCUAAGAAAUUCUAAUUCCUGUAAUAUUGGACCUUAUUACAUUUUCAUUGCCUGGCAAAUAAUAAGGCUGUAAAUAGGUCGGAGGUGAUGUUGUAGCUCUGUCAUUAUUGUUUGUAUACGUGGUUUUGAGUGAAUCUGAAUAUGAAAAUCAUCAAUAGGAAAUGAUCUGAUGUGGUGUAUAUUUUUGUAGAUGUUAUACUAUAUUGCUUUAUGUUAUGGUAGGUGCUGUACGUGGUGCCUUUAUGGAUGCACAUUAGAGUGCCUCUUUUCUAAGGGGCCAUAGGCACUCUGUGCGCCACCAUAUGGUGCCUCUGCAUGGCUCGUACUAUGAAGAUGCACCUGCAGUCAGAGGUGUAACUUAAGGCCAAACUUAGUCCAACGCCACCAGCUACCAUGGGCCAUUUAUAAUACAAGAGCUUUCUUUUGUGGCAGAGGGGUCUUUGAGGUCCUUCAAGCAUCCUGGCCCAGAUGCGACAGCUAUCUCUGCAUCCCCUCAAGUUACACCCCUGCCUGCAAUACA